GCUUCUUUUAGACAGUUUCUGACGUUUGGAAUUGCUUCAAGCUGCAAUAUUCCAAACGGAUUGCUUCCUGUGGCAUCUGGGAUUCCUUCUUGUCCUUCACUGCCCAAGACAUCUUCACAAACCCAACCAAGCCAGAAUCUCUUGCUGGUGAUCCCUUUCAGAUAACAUCAGACGUCUUCCAGCUGCAAGAAACGCAUAGAUUCUUUGCUCCUCCCGAAUCAAGCAUAAGCAGCAAUGGAGAAAGGCGCCGGAGGAGGUGACGAGCCGGCGAGUGCCGCCGGGGGCAUUUGUGACCGGUUAUUGACGUUCCUGGCGAAAAGCCUAUCCAUGAACAGGCAGAAGAACAUCACUGGAGGGCCAAGAGCUGGCGGCGGCCACCGUCAGAUGGAGGGAGGAGAGGGAGAGGAGGAAGACGAGUUCGCCAUACGGAUCGAGAGGGCUGAUUUCGACUUCGAGUUCUUCAACGGCCAUGGAGACGAAGGCCACAACGGCGUCACGACCAUCCUGGAAGACGUGAGCAAGGCGAAGGCAACGGCGAGCGAUGAGCAGAGGCAGAAGGGAGCUGCCGCGGCCGCUGAUCAUCCGUUGUCCCCAGCGGCGGUGGAGGAGAUCACGAAGGUGAGGAAGGCGGUGACAAUCAAGGAGGACAGGCCGGAGGAGGCUGGCGCCGGCGACAAGGGUGCGCCGGCGUUGGAGAAGAAGAAGUCGAUGUUCAAGAAGCGGCAGGCUUCGUCGUCGUCGGGCGCGGGAGGGGAGGAGCAGGGCGGCCGGGCGCCGAGGAGGAGCGGGCUCCGGCCGCGGAUGCCCGCGGUGCCGCGGGUGCCGUCCAACAUCAAUGAGCAGUCCUCGACCUUCAUCGAGGAGCGCAGGAAGGGCUUCGGCGCCACCGGCAAGCCGGUGCCGGACAAGUGAACCGGCCGGUGUAUGCAUGCAUGUGUCAGUGAGACCCUUAGCGAGUGUGUACGUAUGUAUGUGUUUGGGUUUGGAUGAUUAAUAUCUCUGUAAUUGUCGUGUAAGAGUCUGUGAUGCUCCAAGAGGGGUGGAUUAAUGAUUUUAAAA